GGCCGUGUGUGGAGUGGCUCGGGUGAACACACCUGCACCUACUUUCACUUAAUUAAACCCGUCCGCGCGUGUGUGUGUGUGUGUGUGUGUGUGUUUGUGUGUUUUGAAACAAAACCUGAGCGGUUCGACGUUGUUGUCCACUGUAAUGGCGGAGUCCCGCAGAAUUCCGUUAACCACUUUGUCCUGUGAUCUACCGUCGUCCUCUGUCCAGACCCAAAAGUGUCCAUCAUGGACAGGUGUACUGCCGGGAGAAGACAACCGUCCAGACCGGACCGCUAACACCGACACGGUCCGCCUGGUCCUGACGUUAUCUGAGGCUGAUGAGCAGAGUUUUCCAGAGUUCAGCUACAGUCAGCUCAUCGAGAACAAGAUCAAGCACUCGAACAAUAAAGUCCCAUUGAGCAAGUUUGAAGAAGAGAAGAGAGAGACUGAUGAAAUUGCUUCCAUUACAAGGAAACUGGAAGCAAAAUAUGGGGGAAAAGCAGAGAAAAAGAAGGACCGCAUUCAGGAUCUGAUUGAUAUUGGUUAUGGUUAUGACGAUGAAGAUUCUUUUAUUGACAACUCUGAGGCUUACGAUGAGUUUGUUCCUGCUGCCAUCACAACAAAAUUUGGUGGAUUCUACAUCAACUCUGGGGUGCUGCAGUUCCGCCAGGUGUCUGACUCGGAGACUGAGAACUUCACAACAGAGCAGACAAUCCUUGAGCUCUCGAAGAAACGUAAAGUCAAUGAUGGACAGGAGAAGCCGAAGAAGAAACGCUGCAAAGAGGACGAAGCGAUGAACACCAACAUGGAAGCUAGGUUAAGCACAUUGUCUGACAAUGGACUGAACGAUGAGAUGAAGAGAAAGAAGAAGAAAAGGGUCGUGGGCACACUCAGUGUCACAAGCAUGUUGAAGAAGUUUCAAAGAGAGAAGGAGAAGGAACGACAGAGAAUGGAGAAGGCAAACCAGAAGGUGGCGGUGAUCCCUCGUGUACCCACAAUCCCUCUGUGUCCGGCAGAUGCAGCUGGCGGCGGAGGCUCUGGGAUGACUGAUCCUCUCCUUAGUUUAAUUGGAUCCAUCAACGACCACGCUCUCAUCCAAGCCGCCAGCACGGUGGAUUUUGAUAUCGAUUUGGUCUCGUUAUUAGACGCCACUGAAGAGACUCUGUCACCAAAAUUGGUUCCACAACCUGCCACCGAGACGCAACUCAUUCAACCCAAAACAAAUAAUCCUAACGAUGCUCAAGCCCGACCUUCAAACACAAAGACUAAUUAUUCGCCAAAGAUUCAACCUGAACAACCCCAGCCCCAGUCAGAAGCCAGUUCCUGCUCAUCGCAUCAGUGUGUUCCUCUACCAGAGGGCCUCACCCCAGGACUAGAAGAGGCUGUGAAGAAACUCAUGAUGGCUGUCAAAACGUCAGAGGGCGAGUCGAAACUCAAGUUCUUCACACCAGAGAUCAACUCAAUCCUGUUAGAUGUUGAGUUGCAGUGUCGGGAGCACGGCGGUCCGCUGCGCUCCAAGCUCUACACACAUUUGUCGUCUUUCCUGCCCUGUAGCAGAGAUACGCUCCUCAAACGCAUCAAGAAGCUUCUGCUCACUCGCAUGGAGGAGCCCCCGGAUAUGGAGGAUUCCGUACAGAAACUAAGCGAGGCCAUCGGUAAAGCGAUGCCUGAACAGAUAGCGUGUUACCAAGCAAACUGUCAAGCAUAUGAACAACUGAAAGCUUCAAAGGCAACAGAAGAGGCCACUGAGGGCAAACUGAGUGAGGACAAUGUGGAGGAGAAAGGUGUGACAAGAGGAGGUCCCAAGAAGGUGUUCCGAUGGAAUGAGGAGAUCAGAGAGUGUCUGUGUGAUGUGCUGAGGGCAAAAAUGGACAAAUAUGAGAAGGAAAGGAGCGAGAGUCAGGAGGUAGAGGAGUACCUGAAGACCCUGCUGGACAGUGAGGUGAAACCUCUGUGGCCGAAGGGUUGGAUGCUGUCCAGGACACUGAUGCGAGAGAGCAGGAAGCUAUUGGGCUCCUUUGCUUCGCUGCCAGGAAAAAAGGCCAGACCAGAUAAGAAGCAGUCCUCCACCAUUGGUACAUCAGGGGUUCCACCUCUAGAAGUACAAGUCCCCCAGAAAACUGAUGACAUCUCAGUUGAAGGCUCAAGUAUUUCCAUGUUUAUUCCACCUGAUGCUACGACGAAGGAAGCUGCUGCUCCCCUGAUAAAAAGUGAAGGGACAACAGUUGCUGCUGCUUCUUCCACACCUAUUUCUACACAACCUCCGCUCAGUGCCUCAGCUGCUCCGUCUCACUCGCCUCUGGAGCUUCUCGCUGAUCAAGCGUUGGCUCGAGGGCAACCUCUCAUGGUUCCCCAGGGGAUCCUCGCAGCAGCCAUCAUCAAAUACAAACUUUCAGGUCAGCACUGGAAUGGUUUUGGGGUGAACAUGAAAAGUCCUCCUCCCCCUCCUCAGUCCAGCCCAGUUGGCUUCCCAGAGGUCAGGGUGUGUCAGGCGGUUUUGCCUCAGCUCUUGCAGACGGGAGACUUCGCCAAGAAUUUGGAGGCUGAGCAAGUGCAGAGAAUGUCUGACGAUUCUGUCGUCAUCAUACCAUGACCGUUCUGAUGCACAUUUACCUACAAUGAGAGCGCUGCACACGAAGAUGGACUGGACACACGACGAGAUUAUAAUAAACCGUAAUAACCAGCUAAUGUUAAUAAACCUGCCCGUCUGUGGCCACAGUCGGAAUAAGAUUUUCUGUUUGUCUUUUAAUUGUUUUAGAUAGGUUAGUCAUCUGAGAUUGGAAGAGUUUUGAGUAAUACUUGAAUAGUCGGGUGAAUUGAUUGCCCACAGUUUGACAAAUAACCCUAUUAUAAUAAUGAUAAUAAUAUGUACUGGAAAUGUUUUCGUUUUUUUUUCUAAUGUAAAAGUUCUAUUUGGAAGUAAUAAAUAAUAAAGAGUUUAAA